UAGUUUUAAUUAUUUUGCUCGGGAUCGACAUCCUAAAAAAUAUUAUCAGAAAAUAUUUGAGAAAGGAGAAACAAAGUUACAACCGACAUGUCAGAAGAAAGAGCCAAAUCUCCAGAGGAUCCAAAAGUGGCCAAGCUAAGCGAGUCAGUUCAUCGGACCCCACCUCACUUCCUGUCUAGUGGGGAGGAGGACGAACCAGAGCCUGACAAGGGGGAGACCAAGGAACUGGUCAUAGAAGACAGAGCUGCUGUGGUUAUUGAUUUAAACCAAAGCAGAAUUGCUAAGAUAAGCAAUUUACAUGGACUGUCACAAUGUGAGAGUCUCUGUUUACGUCAAAACCUGAUCAAGAAAAUAGAAGGAUUAAAUGAGGUUGUUGCCUUGACUGACCUUGACCUCUACGACAACCAGAUCACAAAGAUUGAACACCUGGAGGCAUUAGUCAAUUUAGAAUCACUGGACUUGUCAUUUAACAGAAUUCCAAAAAUUGAAGGUUUGGCCACACUGACAAAACUUAAAAAGCUCUUCCUCAUACACAACAAAAUCCACAAAAUAGAGAAUGUAGGUCACCUGGUGCAGCUGGAAAUGUUAGAGCUUGGGUCCAACAAAAUCAGGACAUUAGAGGGUAUAUCCACUCUGACAAAUCUAACCCACCUCUACGUAGGAAAGAACAAAAUCACAAGAAUUCAGGGACUCGACACAUUAGUCAAUCUACGCUGUCUAAGCAUUCAGAGUAACAGGAUACGAAGAAUAGAAGGCCUAGACAAGCUUGUGAACUUGGAAGAAUUCUAUGCAAGUCACAAUGGAAUCGAAAAGGUUGAAGGUUUAGAGGCCAAUGUGAAACUCACAACAUUGGAUCUGGCAUCUAAUUUCAUACCAAGGAUUGAGAAUGUGAGCCACUUGACUGAAAUGGAAGAGUUUUGGUUCAAUGAUAAUAAAGUGUCUGAUUGGAAUGACUUAAAAGAACUGGAAUCGAUGAAAAAAUUGGCCACAGUUUACCUAGAGAGGAACCCCCUUUACUAUGACGGGGAGAAGAGACCCGAUCCCAAUUAUAGACGGAAAAUCAAGCUAGCCCUACCUCAAAUCAAACAGAUAGACGCAACACUGUGUUAAUGAUAUUUUCCUUUGAUGUAGAGUGUCGUCCAUUUUCAUCGUGCCAUAUCACAGACUAGGGAGUACACAUGACUAGAACAGUACACACAACAAUGCAUAAUUCUCAUGCAUAUUUUAAUCUAUUUUUAACUAGUUGAGUUGUUACUUAUAUUCCAUCUAUGUUCUUCAUAAUUAAAUGUUAAGAAGUUCC